AGCAACAGGGGUGCCUCAUUCUGGUUUCAGCAUGAACCGCUUCAAGUACUUGCUUCUGUGUUUCUUCUCUUUAUUUGUAGUUGAUUGCUCCAUUAAUGGAGACGGCUACUUCAUGUUUGCUGAUUUUUGGUGUGCUGUGCACUCCAGAGAUCGGGAGGAAGUGGAGUAUCUGAUCGACUGGUAUUUUAACAAAGAGUUUACGAUGCAGUACAACAGCACAGUCGGCAAGUGGACGGGCCUCACUCCGGCUGGAUUAAUCACAGCAUCUCGGUUUAAUGAAGACAGCGCUGACAUUCUGCAGAGAAAAGUGGAGAAACAGCUGAUAUGUGUCAAUAAUGUUGAUGCAAUAUUCAACAUAACUGUGGAAAACAUGGCUGCGCCCAGCAUGACUCUCCAGGAGGGAGACCACACUUCCAGCCAUGACACAAUACUCGUGUGCAGCGUUUAUGACUUCUACCCCAAACACAUCCUUGUGACUUGGUACCUGAAUGGACAGGAAGUGACUGAGGGUGUGACCAUAAGUGAAGUGAUGACAGAUGGAGACUGGACCUAUCAGGUUCACUCUUAUCUGGAGUACACACCUAUCCCAAAGGACAGAGUCACCUGUACGGUAGAGCAUAUUAGCCUAAAGGAGCCCAAGAGUUCUUACUGGGAUUCUUCCUUGAAACAGUCCGACAGGAGUUUUCUAACUGGAGGACUUUGUGCUUUGCUCUUGGGAGCAUUAAUUUUGUCUUUGGGGCUGAUCUAUUACAGAAGAAAAACCUCUGAUCCAACAUUUUCAAAUACUCUAUAAACUAAAUCUACAUAUAACGAUUUAAAAAAACAAAGGGAAAAUUAAAAUCUCGCCUUUUUUUAACUUUAUUGCAGAUAUGUUAUUACAGAGUUUUUUUGUUUUGUUUUGCUUUGUGUUUUUUUAUUUCUUGUGUGCAGCGCUCUGAUGCAUUUUUAAGGUAAGUUAAAAAAAAUUUAAAAAAAAUAAAGUAAAGAUAUUAUAAGUGACUUAAAAGUAUCCUUACUACCCUUAAUAGUUAUAUGUUAUGAAAUGAAUUUUUUUUCAUUACACACUGAAUGAUUUUGUGUUAUAAAAUACACCCCAAUUUAAUCACAGUCCAUUUACAUUUUUUUUCUUUGCAAUUUGAACUUUCUGUGAAAAAAAUGUAUGUUUAGGUACAACUUUCAAAGCACAAGAACAGAUCUCUUUGUUUGUUUCGUUAGUGUUUUCCGUGUAGCUUCACAAACACUGACAUUAUAUCACAUUUAAGGGUUGAUUAUAAAUGCAUUUGCAAGAUGGGCAUAGCUUCUGAGCCUGGAGUGUCUGAAAACUGCAUUAUUUUUAAUGAACAGUAGGGGGCAGUCUAUCAGUACAGGAAAAAGAAUCUAAUUUUGUCUUCCUCAAAGGUAAGACAGAUGAUUAUUGCAGUAAAAAAUGAUUGCAUAUUUAGAUGCCUGACUGUUUUAAAGUCGCAACCAAAGGCAUCACUGUGAUGCUUUCCCCAAAAUUGCAUAGCGUAUCCCGAGUUUAAAGAAUGUUGACAUUAAUUCAGAAAAAUUGCCUCCACAAUAUGAAUGAAUCAAAUAACAUCUAAUCAGUCUAUGAUGCUGAGCCAUUUUCACAAAAUCACUGACUGUCAAACUCCAGCAGUCUGCUGUUGAUGUCAAGAUUUGCAACAGCGUUUUGUUGUCUUGGGAUUUGCAUUAUUUUCUAUUAAAUAUUAAAUAGGAUUUAAUUAUUAAAUUUGAACGGCUGUACAAAUAGAGUUAAGUCGGUCAUUGAUUUAAGUCGAGCAUGUUAAACUCUUUGUAUUGUUACAUUACAUAUCUGGAUCACCUGAAGAGAAAAAUAUGUGACUGAGAA